CAGACUGCGGUUUAAUACAAUGACGGCCUGGCAGAAGGCAAAAGGGCUUUAGGAUGAAAGCUGUGAAGCGUUUUUCUCUUCUGCUGAGCUGCUGGACUCUCAUUUACCUGGAUCCCGUCCUCGGUUCGCUCAGCCGGACCAGACCGACCGAGCACCACCGUCACCGGCUUGGAGAGGCAGCAGAGCGCGCGGCAGGCGGCGGGGAAGCAGAGCAAGCUCACCGGCGGACCGGCGGAGUGAAUACGCCAGCCGCGGGCAGGCAACCCGUGACCGCUUCUGGGACGUGGAAACCCGCACCGGUGAGUCCGGCGAGGAUUACGCGGAUCCGCGCCGGCCCGCCGUUAAUCAAGGGCGAGACGACUGUUGUUAAAAGCAAGCUUACAGCAGGGACCUCUGCGUCCUCAUCCUCGGCAGCGCGCAGCGGAGCCUUCCCGGGGAACCGCGCGCAGCUGCAGCAGCAACAACGGGACAGAGCAGUCGGCUUGGGGCGCAAAGAGGCUGCCCGCUCCUGGCUGCCCGGCGGGGACGUUCACGUUAAAGCGCACGCUCCUGCGGCUUUUAGCGCACAUGCAGCAGGGAAAGGAGUCGGGACUUCGGAUGUUGGAGGGGGAAGGGUUGGCUCAUCGGGGAAACAUUUUGGGAGAGUCGCUUCCAGAGCGAGUGCAGCUGCUCCAGUGCGCACCGGACCUCCGCAAAGAGCCAUCGGUGCGCCAAAGCAGCAGCAGAACGCGGGUCCGGUGGCGCUGCGGGGAGCCGGCAACAAGGCCCUGAAACUGAGCGACCGAGACGCGUAUCACAAGCAGCCGCUGGUUGUUCCUCACGACUACAUGCUGUCGCUGUACUGGUCUCUCUCCAGCGGGGACCUGAACAGAAGCGCUCUGCAUGAAGCGGGUCUGGCCAACACCAUCACCAGCUUCGUGGAUAAAGGGCAAGAUGAGCGCGGGCCCCAGCUGAGACGGCAGAGGUAUCACUUCAACGUCAGCUCUCUGGAACGAGACGGGCUCCUGGGGGCCGAACUACGCAUCCUGAGGAAGCGCCUGUCUGACCCCCGCAGAGCCUCAAUGGGAUCCACAGUCGCUGACGGAGGAGGAGGAGGAGGAGGGGGAGGAGGCUCGUCCCCAUGCCUGAAGCUGUACACCUGCGCUUCAGGUAAACAACAGGCUGCUCUGCUCCAGACGAAGACUGUGGAGGAUCUGCUCGGUGGAGGCGGAUUUGGCACUAAAUGGGAAGUGUUUGACAUAUGGAAAGUCUUCAAGGGCGUCAAAAACCAGCAGAACCAGCACUCCCAGCAGCUUUGCUUUGAGCUGGAAGCCCUGGAGCACAGAGGGGGUCGCCCCAUGGACCUGCGCACUCUGGGGUUCGCCCGACCUGGCAGGACCAACAAGGAGAAGGCCUUCUUCCUGGCGUUUGGCAAAAGCAAGAAGCGCGACCUUUUCUACAACGAGAUCAAAGCGCGGUCAGGCCACGACAACAAAACCGUCUACGAAUACCUCUUCACCCAGCGCCGGAUGCGCCGAGCUCCGGCCGCAAGGGGGGCUAAGAAACCGCCGCAGCAGCCGCCGCCCCAGUCCCUCCCCCAGCAUCAGGUGGUGAAGACACAGACGAGGCCGCGGUGCCACCGGAGACGACUCCACGUGAACUUCAAGGAGAUGGGCUGGGACGACUGGAUCAUCGCGCCACUGGAGUACGAGGCCUUUCACUGCGACGGCGUCUGCGACUUCCCCAUCCGCUCGCACCUCGAGCCGACCAACCACGCCAUCAUACAGACCCUGAUGAACUCCAUGGACCCGGAGUCGACGCCGCCCACCUGCUGCGUCCCGACGCGACUCAGCCCAAUCAGCAUCCUCUACAUCGACUCCGCCAACAACGUCGUGUACAAGCAGUACGAGGACAUGGUGGUGGAGUCGUGCGGUUGCAGGUAGCAAAGACAGGCGAGACAGAGCGAGACGGGAAGAAAGACAGCGGCCGCCCCUCACUUUCAGGAAAGACAGACCUGUUUGAUAAUAUUAUGAUCAAACGUAAAAAGGGAAGACAAACAGCGUGACUGAACUCACUGCUACGCAACAGACACGACUCUUCACACUGAAGUGGACUAUCAGACUGCAUUCCACAGACUGUGACAGACUAAACAGACAGAGAUAAACUGCACCCACUCACUGAAACUUGUGUGUAAUGUUGAUGUUGGUGGUGAUCAGAUGCAUCUGAAAGAAGCCAAAAACAACCAGAACAGUUGUUGAGACACUGUCUGAGUUUGGAUUAUUAACGACUGCUCUCACUUUAGACUCCAAUAGAUCUUUAUUGCUUUCGUUUUCUCUCUUCACGUUUGUAUCUUCGCCCUGAUUGGUGUAAAAAGUUUUAAAUGCUAUUGAAACGUUUCUGAAUUAUACUCAAAAGUGCCCUUUUUUCCAGCACUCACCUGCCAUUGUGCCUUUGCCCAUUCAGCCGUACGAUGAAGAGUAAUUUGUGCGCCUUAUCCAGGACUUUUGUAUGAAGCAUGUAAAGAAUUUCUCAUGUAUAAAUACAGGCCAGUGAUAAAGUGCUAAUCUGACCUGCUCCAAAUGUGGGAAAGUUGCAUAAACUACUCUUCAAUAAAAAAUGUGUAACUGACUGAGCUCCAAGCUCCUAUCAGUCUGAACCGCUGCCCCCCAGGCUCUGUAGACUAAACUAUCACAGGAAUUUGUAGGAUUUUCAGAAGCCAAAUCACCAUUUAACCCAAAAAUGACUGUUUGAUUUGGUUUAAAGUGUUUCUGUGGUCGGCUUCACAAUCUGCUGCGAG